CUUCGAUAUCAAGCAUCGACCCAUCGACUUCGUAUCGCUCAACCUUGGAGCGGUCUCUUGCAUUAGCACACUAAACAGCACCAACCUCAACACUCCAAGUCAACAUGUCUGGUCGCGGAAAGGGCGGCAAGGGUCUGGGAAAGGGCGGCGCCAAGCGUCACCGCAAGAUUUUGCGUGACAACAUCCAGGGUAUCACCAAGCCCGCCAUUCGUCGUCUUGCACGUCGUGGAGGUGUCAAGCGUAUCUCCGGUCUCAUCUACGACGAGGUCCGUGGAUGCCUCAAGCUCUUCCUCGAGGGUGUCAUUCGUGACUCUGUCACCUACACUGAGCACGCCAAGCGCAAGACUGUUACUUCGCUCGAUGUCGUCUACGCUCUCAAGCGCCAGGGUCGUGUUCUCUACGGUUUCGGUGCCUAAGCAGCGUCGCUUCGCCGACACUCACACGCCGACUUGCCCGCCUUUUUUGAGCGGCUCGAUCAGUCUCACACUUUUGUGUAAAGCAUGAGCCCUCCUUCUCACGUCUUCCAGUCGCUGUCUCAUAGCCAGGCCCACGAGCCCCAUUGUAAUCUUGUUCUAUUCCAUCGUGUGAGGUGCUCA